UAUUACUGAUAAUCAUUCGCAUUGAAAUACAUCUGUUCUCUUCUCUGGGAAAAGCAAAAAAAAUCUCUCUACAUCAUGAAGUUUGCAUCAAUUUUUGUGGUCAUCGCAAUGAUGUUGGCGGCUGUUAGUGGUCAGCGCUGUUUGGGCAGACGAGUCAGGUGCCGCGCUCAUCGUCAGUGUUGUUCCGGUCUCUGUCGCAGGGGACUCUGUGCUUAAACACAUCCAGGAAUGCCUCUCAGCUGGUCCGGCCUGAUUGUACAAAGAUUAAAUUCACAGCGGCGACGAUCAGCUGAAACAACACGAAAAAAAAAAUUCUAAAGGAUUUUAGCAACUUCUAUGGACACACUGUAAAUGAAUGAAGAUAAUAAAUGUAUGAAAGCAUAUUCGUGGAGCUUAAACCGUUAUUGCCAAAAAAAUACAAUAUAAUUGAAUAUUCAUUGCAUGAAUAGAAAUUUCUUGUUGAGAAAUUCCUAGUAAAAUUAUCCAAAAAUAUUAAAUAAUGUUAACUUUAUUCUGCAGAUUUUGUCAACUUCCGUUGCGGUUGCAAAAUUACCUUUUUUUCAUUCGGAUAUAAUAAUAAUAAUAAUAAUAAUAAUACUAAUGAUGUUAUUGAGAUAUAACAAAGGAUUCCAGUAGCGAAGUGGUACACUAUCAUAAGUAUAGUUUUCUCGAGGCCAUUCUUGAUCAAUAUCUCGGAAUUGAAGGAACAUAGCGAAUUUCUUGUAUAAACAUCUUUUAUAGAAAAAGAUGAGAGCUACAAAAAAGGUAUCUAUGAAAAUAUCAUUAUCUCUUUUCAAUUUCGAGAAAUCAGCUGGAAACUGCCUGGCAGAAUGGCCACUGCCAACAUAGCAGACACAUCUCGUUUCUCUACCAUGAACAGCCCCACUGGGCUGCCCUCUCCAAUUCCGGCUUAUGGAACACCUGAUUAUCGUCACAAUCGCCAGAAGGCAAUGUUUGCAAAUGCAACAUCUUCAGGAACCUCCAGGAUCAGUGCAGAGAGCCACGCAGGUGGUCCUCCAACAAAAGGUCUUUUCGACACCUUCGAGACAGCUCCACCAAUGGAAUCAUUCUCUGGAGGGAACAAAAGUCUCUCAAGAAGUCUUCCAAGAAAUUUAGUCAAUAGCAAUGAUCCUUUCCUACUGGACAGCCCUAACAUCGGUACUGGAGAAGCUCAAGGUCUUCUUAGAUGGAUCACAGUCUUUGGAUUUCCUCCAAAUGGUGUCAACAUCGUUCUCUCUCACAUCUCCAACAGAGUUAGAAUCGUUGAUAAACAUCCGCCCCCUCAGACCCAGAGCAAUUGGAUUCAUCUCAAAUGUGCCACUGAACAAGAAGCCCAGAGAGCAUUAACUUGCAAUGGAAACAUUGUCUCUGGUUGCAUCAUGAUUGGAGUGACUCCUUGCACAGAUGAAGGAGUAGUGAUGCAUUCUGAUAAGGAGAACUGGACCGCCAAUGGCAGCAUGAGAAUCUUCUCGUCGCCUACUAAAAUUGGAACAUCUGAGUCUGGGAAUAUUUUGAGUAGUCCCAAGAGCUCUAUCACGAAAAGAGUCUUGUUCAAUUCUCAGUAUAGUCCUUCCAACAUUAGACAACCUGACAAUGUUCCUCAAAGAUCGACAGGAAUCGUUUCUAGAGCCAUGGAGUAUGUUUUCGGGUGGUGAUUUGGGGUCCAGAAAUUUAGGGUAAUUUUCGCCUUUUCUCUUGAAUUUAGGGAAAAGAUGAUAAGAAGAUUAUUUUUCUAACUAUGUUGAGAGAUUCUAUCACCUUUUCCCCUCUGUACUUCAGAGGAAUUUUCGUUUUAAUUUAUACUUUUUUUGUCUGACUGAAUUACCUGAUUUUCCUAUUGCGGUAACUCUUCAUUAUUAUUUUUUUUCUACAUUUUUGAAAGGUCAAUGAGGUUUUAGAUUAUUUUAUAACAAAAUCAAGGUAAAUUCAGGUAUUUCUUGAAUUAGAAGAGAAUUAAUUGAAUUUAAUUAGCUUAUUUAUUUCAAUUCUCUAAAUUCAUUUCCUCUUAGGUGAGGAUAAACUAUGAGGUAAAAAACAUGUAAUUAUACAG